AUGCAUUAUGGUGGAUAUUUCAAAUGGAAAUCGAGAAUUAGAUACACUGGCGAAUACGUGAGGGUAUUUUGUGGAUGGGACCCUGAUGAAUUAUCUCCAUUUGAGUUUCAAAAACUGUAUGACACAAUUGAGCGCGGCGUAACAAAUAUGAAUUUUUGGUACUCUAUCCCCUUUCAUGACAUUGAUGUUGGUGUUGUUAGCAUUAAAGAUGAUGUCGACAUCGAGUUAUUGACAACAUGUUAUGAGGGGCUUCCAGAAAUGCACAUAUAUGCUGAGAAGGGGCCUGAUCCCAUUGAAAUUGUGGGAGAAAAAAUAGUUUAUGAAGACGGAGAAGAAGAUGAUGUCAUACCAGAUUAUUCAGAUCUUCCUGAUUGGCUAAGAGAAGCACUAGAACGGCCUGAAGAUAAUGAUAUAUUUGCAGGUUUAAAUGGUCAAGGAUCAACACAGGCAUCUAUAAAUCUAAAAUCUGCAAAUUCUGUUAGAGUUGGUUUAGAGCAGCAACAAGAAAAUCUGCAAGCAAAUGUUAGAAAACAAGUUGAUUUAGAUCAACAGCAGGCCCAAUCCAAAAAACAAACUGAUUCAAAGCAUCAACAACAAGAUCAACAAUCGAAAUCAAGAAAACAAGUAAAGAACCAGACCCAUGAAGUGGGGAGUCAUCCAACAUCAGGUCUGAAAGAUAGCUGCCAUGCCAAUGAGCAGGAAGAGGACUGGAAUGAGCCAGUAAAGGAUGAUGAAAACCAGUUUGACAAAGGGAUAGGAUCUGAUGAUGAAAGCAUCCCUGGUUACAGUUACUUCAAUGCGGAGAAAGAGUUUAGGAAAGAGCAUUUUGAACUAAAGCAAGCAUGCCGGCUAGCAAAUCUUGAAAGAGCUGACCCACAGGAAGGUGACAAGCUAACGGCUGCGGGAUGGUUCAAACGGUUGUCUCCAAAACUAUGGUUUAGAGCCCACUUUAGUAUAGCUGCUUGGAGUAACACAUGCGUUAACAACAUGAAUGAGUCAUGGAAUGAUUACACUCUAAAAAUUAGAAGUGAGCCAAUAAUAACAAUGCUGGAGUGGAUUCGGAGGAGAUUAAUGCAAAGAUUGAUAACAAAACGAGAGGGCAUGCUGAAACAUGGUGGCACUUUAUGUCCAAACAUUCAUGAGAAGUUAGAGAAACUGAAGAUAAAGCCAAGAAAUUGUGUUGCGAUUUAUGGAGGAAAUGGAAAUUUGGAAGUUGAUGGCUAUGGAAGGACAAAUGUUGUCAAUUUGGAGAUGAAAACAUACACCUAUGGUCAUUUUCAACUUAGUGGCAUUCCAUGUGUGCAUACGGUUGCCUGCAUUCAGAGCAGAAAGUUGGAAUUCGAGCAAUAUGUUGAUGCUUGUUACCACAGGGAAGCAUAUUUAAGGGCCUACAACUUCACAAUUGGUCCCGUUCCUUCGAAGCAAUUCUGUGUGGAUAGCAAAUUGCAAUAUUUGAACCCACCAUUGGUGAAAAAACAGUCUGGUAGACCAAAAAAGUAG